UCUUCUGCCGUGUGACACUGCAUCAGGACAGUGUAUUUGCAAGCCUGGUGUUACUGGACGUGCUUGUGAUGUGUGUGAUAUGGGCUAUUACAACCUAACAGCGGAUGGCUGCACGUCCUGUUCCUGCAGUGAGGACGGCUCUAACAGUCCAAUCUGUAACAUGGUCACUGGCCAGUGUGACUGUAUUGGCAAUGUACAGGGUUUGAAAUGUGACGCCUGUCCAGAAAACUUCCACAACGUCUCCGCAGGAUGUAUGGAGUGCCCUAGCUGCUAUGGUUUGGUACUGGAUUACAUGACUGUGAUACGUCGGGACAUGACCACGCUGGAGAGCAGCCUGGCCGAGCUCUCCGAUCCCACACACUCGGUUUUCAGCGACGACGCCUUCAACAGGUCAGUGAGCGACCUGCUUGCCCAGGUGGAGGCAAACAGCAGGCGGGUCACUCGAAUGGCCAGUCUCUCACUCUCACUGAAAGUGCACCUAGCUCCGUUCCUGCGCAGCCUGGCAAGACUGCGUGUCCAAAUCGAUGGCUUGGAAAACACCAAUCUCACGCAGCUGACCGGGGAAAUCCUGUCAGCAAAUGCGUACCUGGGUCAGCUAGAGGUCACUGUAAGAGAGACCAAUUCCAGUGCUUACAGUAUGAAGGCAACGCUAUCGGGACACGCAGUGGACCUCUUGGCGAAUGUCCGCACGCUCUUCGAGAACCAGACCGAGCAAGUGUCCAGUACAGAGCGGUUGAUCAAUGAGUCAGUCUCCCUGGCAGCAGAUCAGGCACAGCUUCUAGAGGACACCGAGCAGGCAGCCUCAGAUCUCCGAGAGGGAGUGAGUGCACUGCAGCCAGCUGCCGACCAAGUCAACGAUACUCUACACGAGAAUGAAGGACGUCUGGCUGACCUCGCCGAGCAGGUACAGGAUGUGGAGAACAGUCUUACAGCCGCUCAAAGUGCGGCCGAUGAAGCUCGCAGCAAUGCCAAUCAAGCACUGGACGAUGCCACCCAGUUGUUCAGUGCAGCCAAUACGGAAGAUCUUGAGGCAGCACUAGAGCAGGGCCAGGAGACGGUCAUCGACACAGCGAGAAGUCUCCAGCGGAUCAACUCUGAAUCGUCUGAUCUUAUGCAGAGCGUCAUAGCCAGUGCGGAAACCCUAGGAACAGUCAGUUUAGAUGCUGAUAAGGCCUCUACUGCGUACAAUGCAGUCGAGAGUGAGCUACAGCGUCUCGCCGCGGAGCUGGCCAGCACUGAACUUUCUGUCAACAACUCUGUAGACCGCCAGCUGGAACUGUUCAGCCAAGCGCGGGACAUGAAGGAGACGCUGACCGACUUCCAUGCCAAGGUCACGGCCGAUCGCAGUCGAGCAGAUGCAGCCGAAGCCGACGUCAGCACUGCUGCUGAUCUGGUGGUGCAAGCACGGCGGCUGAUGAAUGCAGCACACAGAGAGUUUAACAGCACUGGUGCAGCAGUUCAGAGUUCACUGAGCACUGCUAACACCACCCUGAUCCAACUGCAGAGAUUGACUGAGCAUGCAGUUUUGGCCAACACGGAGAGCAACAUUGCCGAUGUCAAUGCAUUGGAAGCUGCAUCAAUGGUGCUACGUCGCAGAGCAUCUCAACUGCUGAACACGUCCCGGGCAAGCCUACAGACGGCCCGUGCAAACAGGGAGCUGGUCGGGGGUAUCAAGCGAAUGAUGGACGUUCUGGCCAGUCGGUUAGUUGAUCAGCGCCAGCGCUUAGCAUCUGGCAACCAAGAGUUGGACUCCCUUUUCAGCACUCUAGAGGGCUAUUUAGAGGCCGUAUUCCCAGUGGACGCAGCGAUACUGAGCUCCGAGAAUAGACUGGCUGUGUUCAAGGCCCAGCGCGAUGCAGUCGGCUUCCCAGCCUUGCUCUCAACUCUGGAAGGUAGCGGUAGGGAGCUGGACGCAGACGUAGCUGAAGCGGUGGAGAACCUGCGUCAAGCUAACCUCACUGUGGCCCAACUCCAGGUCAAGGACACUGACCUGCCCACGGAGUGUAUACGAAAGGAGCCCAUUACUCCGCAGCCAUAGAUUCUAACGCGGCUAGUGGUACAGCAACAUCCUGCUUGUCGAAAGCACUUUCUCUGUGCAAGUACCUAUCGAUAGGGUGGCAGCCCACACUGGUAGGGAGAGUGUGAAGACCUCACUUGUGCACUAUCAGCACUGAACCCGACCCUCAGCAGGGAUUGCGAGGAAACGGCUAUCGGAUUGCGCUGCUCCGCAUAUGUUCCAUCAAUGAGCCGCAGGCCCUGCAAUGUAUUAUGCGCUAGCUGUUUGAAAGCUAUUGAUAAACAACACAACUCACUGCACUAAAGCAUAGAACCCCUGUAACAGUGUUGGAGAGUACAGUACCCAUAACUGACUGCUAACCCUAUUAUAUAGCCUAGUGACCUUGAGAAGUAACAUCAACAUGUUCGAACUUCUAAUUAUUAUCCACAAUGUACGGGUGAAGCCGGAGGUGCCGGCGUGUGUCACAACUGCCGUAUGUGCAUUGCUAACAAUCAUAAUGCUAAUACUUCAUUUACACAAUCUAAUCAGUUCUAUGGGUGUUUUGUGACACAUACAUGUGCUUUUCUGUUUGUUACUUCGAGUAGAAGUGUAUCAUGAAUGUGUACCGCCGGUGCUGCUCAAUGAAAUUCAAUCGCCAGACUGUACACAGGACACAAUGCAACCCUACUACUAAAAAUGGGUUUCGGAUGGUGCGCACUUCGCGAUCGAAUUUCAAUGAGUAUUUUAAACACUACCUGGCCAAAUUGUUUUUGCUCGAAGAAAUACAGCAAAGCAAUGAUGCUAUUUUGUGCCCCGAACAUGAAUGGUAUGACCAAUUUAAAGUUCCACAGACCCACCACCCUUUGGAAGAGACUGCAGUGGCUGCAAAAAAGGGGGACUGGACUUCCUGUUCAGGGUUUCAGAGCUCGGUCACUGCAUUCAAUCUCCUAUUUGAAGAAGAGAGACAAUGACAGACCAAAACCGCUAUGACAUUUGUAGUUUGUGCCAACUGUAUUGGAUAUUCUCCAUAAAGUCAAAUCGGAUUGGAUCAGCAAUCUACCCAUCGAGAGGGACAGCAAUAUGAGGAGUGCUUCUGCACUGUGGCAAAAACUAGUUGGAAUAGAUAAUGACAAAGACAGUACAAAGAAUCACUCAUAGUUUUGGUAAAGGAAAGUUUAGAAGCACUUGCGAUGGACAAUGCUGGGACCAGAUUCAUCAUACUCCUGCUUGGAGAUCCACAUCUGCUGGAAGGUGGACAGCGAGGCCAGGAUGGAGCCACCAAUCCAUACGGAAUAUUUGCGCUCUGGUGGGGCGAUGAUCUUGAUCUUCAUUGUCGGUGGAGCCAAUGCGGAGAUUUCCUUCUGCAUACGGUCGGCAAUACCUGGGUACAUGGUGGUACCACCGGACAAGACAGUGUUGGCAUACAGAUCCUUACGGAUGUCGACGUCACACUUCAUGAUGGAGUUGUAGGUGGUCUCGUGGAUACCAGCGGCUUCCAUUCCGAGGAAGGCCGGCUGGAAGAGAGCCUCAGGAGCACGGAAUCGCUCGUUGCCAAUGGUGAUGACCUGACCGUCAGGAAGCUCGUAGCUCUUCUCCAGGGUAGAACUUGAUGCAGCGGUCGACAUUUCCGCCUCGAAGUCGAGGGCAACAUAGCAGAGCUUCUCCUUGAUGUCACGGACGAUUUCACGCUCAGCAGUGGUGGUGAAAGAGUAUCCACGCUCGGUGAGGAUCUUCAUGAGAUAGUCGGUCAAGUCACGGCCAGCCAAGUCGAGACGGAGGAUGGCGUGGGGAAGGGCAUAUCCCUCGUAGAUUGGGACGGUGUGAGUUACACCAUCACCGGAGUCCAAGACGAUACCGGUGGUACGUCCAGAGGCGUACAGGGAGAGCACAGCCUGGAUGGCGACGUACAUGGCAGGGG